CAGGGAGCGAAGAUAUGGAUGGACGGAGGGAGCAGGGAGGGCAGAGCAAAGCUUGAGCCGCGGAGGGAGGAAGUGGAGAGAAAGAGCUCCAGCGCCUCUUGGGUUCCCUUCCAGCAAAAGCAGUUUCUGAAGAGCUGUGUGGAGUUUCCUGCAAGGAAGCGUUGCUCUGUGUUGCUGUCGAGGGUCUAAGGAGAAACUGGACAUGAGGCUGCCACAGCUUCCAUUGCUGCUGCUGCUGUUCCAGGUCUAUGCUUUGAUCGGCUCUUCCAAAGGUGCUGCUCUCAACCAAGCGGAGAAGAAAGAAGCCAUGGUAUGUAGGGCUUGGGUGGCCCCUCUAAGUCUGUAGGCUGAGAAGUGGAGUCAGUGCAUUUGCAGUGAUGGGGGUCACACGGGAGAAUGUGGACAAGCAGGGUAGGAUUGUUCCUCAGCUGUGACCUACAACCCCAACCCCAGACUUUUCCGACUUUCUGCAGGCCUUCAGUCCUGGCAAUUGAACCUUGAAACUUUCCUAGAUGCCUCCAGCCUUAUCCGUGUCUCCUGGCUUAUCUUGCAAAGCUUUGUUUAGUGCAAACUUUCCCCAGAAAGGGACAGGAGGCCUGGAGGAAGAUUUCUCUGGCCAAAAGGAACCCUCAGCUGCCUGGGCCUCCCUGUAGCAGCAGGAACCAAGCUGAACAUUUAUGGGUGGGUGCGGUGGGCAAUCAUAACAGAAGCAAACCGCUUUGGCUGCUGUGCAGAAGAUUGGCAAGGAGUUUCCACCCUUUGUGAGCUGUUUGUGGUGUGUUUGUGCGGGAUGUGGAGUAGGAAAGCAGAGUCUCUCGGCUAUCCUAGUGCUGACUUCUCUUUUCCUUUUCCUCCUUCUUUUUCUUCACAGUUUUACUCUUGUUCCUUGAACCCAGCUUGCAUUCUCCACUGUUCCCCCAACCUUGGGUUUGCUUCUGCUUAGUGAAAGGCUGUAGCUCAUGGGAAGAACAUCUCCCUUGCUUGCAGAAGGUUCUGGGUUCAUUCCCUGGCAUCUCCUGUAGAGCUGGGAAUAUUCCCUCCCUAAAAACCCCAAGAAUCCCUGCCAGUCUGUGCAGACAGUUGUGAGCUAGAUGGACCAAUGUUCUGGCUCAUUAUAAAGAGGGCAGCUUCCUGUAUUCCUACCCUCUUCCAAAGAAUCUCAAGAUAUAUCUGUCUUAUUCUCCUGAGACGUAUGGUAGAUUUUCUUAGCCAGGUGUCCUAAUUCCUGAAACAUCCAUUCCCUUUGCAAGAUUAAAAAAGGUAAAGGGACCCCUGACCAUUAGGUCCAGUCAUGACUGACUCUGGGGUUGUGGAGCUCAUCUCGCUUUAUUGGCCGAGGGAGCCGGCACACAUCUUCCGGGUCAUGUGGCCAGCAUGACUAAGCCGCUUCUGGCGAACCAGAGCGGCGUACGGGAACGCCGUUUGCCUUCCCGCCAAAGUGGUACCUAUUUAUCUACUCGCACUUUGAGGUGCUUUUGAACUGCUAGGUUGGCAGGAGCAGGGACCGAGCUCACCCCGUCACAGGGAUUCGAACUGCCAACCUUCUGAUCAGCAAGUCCUAGUCUCUGUGGUUUAACCCACAGCACCACCCGCGUCCCUCUUUGCAAGAUUAUCCAGCUGUUUUAGGCACCAAAGAAGUCUCUGCGAACCAAGGGCAAGUUAAAGAAUGAGAUAUAUUUGGGAAAUGCUAGAAGAAAGACUAGAUGCUUUCUCUGUGACCUAUCCAAAGUGUGCUGCUGCUGCUUUGAACAUGGAGGCUUCCUUUUUUCUUUCUUUUGCCCUUGGUGAUGCCUUGCCUGUGUUAAAACGGUCAUUUAACUGAUUCAUUUGCCAUGAGCAGAACUUACAGCUUUGGUUGACAUGGAGAAGACUUGAAGUGGCAUGUAGAAGGGCAGUUUUGGCUCAUAGCAAACAAGUAAAGUAAUAGCAGUCUGGCAUGAGUGGGGGGGGCAGGGGCAGGGGCAGGGAGGUAAUCACCAGCAGAUUAAAAAAAAGCAGCAGUUUAGUUUUCCCCACCAGCUCUCAACCCACUGGAUGUUACUUAAAAUGGGAUACAGAACCCCUCCAAAAGAAGAGUACAGCAAAUGGGAAUGUGGGGUCCAAAAAGGAAAACUGGACAUUCUUUGUAAACCAGUAUUUAUUGUGUAAAGCAGUAUUUGUUGAGCUAUGUAUCUGUUUUGUGCAAGAUGGAGAAAGCCUUUGCAAGAAUGAAGGGCAAAGCUACAUCUUACACUGGUGUUCCGUGCUUGGAACUUCCCAUGUAAUUUUCUUUUUCAAAUAGCGUCUGCUUGGUGUCCCAAUUUCGAUUUGGUUUGGGGACAGAGGUUCUAGCCCUUUGCCCCUGUACUGAUCCACUGGAGUUGAGAUUUAAUUUAAUUGUCUGUUAACUGUCUGCUUGAUAUACGGAAUUGAGAUGGACUUAGAAAGUUCUGGGAGAACGGCCUUAACAAUUACAAACUCUUUAGAAGUAAUAGGAAAGUCUGGUGCUUCUGACAGUAUGUGGAACUUGUUGAAAGACUAAGGUACCCUUUUGAAGAGUGAGGAGUUUGGGUAUAAUGUUUUGGCCGUUGUUCCUGAUCAUCACCAGUUUUUCUUCUGUGAAAUAAUGGUGCUUGCAACAGUUUCUUGGAUUUCCAAAUGCGCCACCAGGCAGAAAAAGUUUGAGGACCCCUGCCCUGUUGGAUAUGGGUGGGGAAAUCUGUUUGGUUGUAGCAGCAGGCAGACCGUGGGUCAGGCAUAGGCAAACUUGGCCCUCCAGAUGUUUUGGGACUACAACUCCCAUCAUCCCUGACCACUGGUCCUGUUAGUUAGGGAUGAUGGGAGUUGUAGUCCCAAAACAUCUGGGGGGCCGAGUUUGCCUAUGCCUGCCAUAGAUCCAGUUGUGGAAAAGUGCAGAAAAACAAGUACUGUGCACAUCAUUGCAAAAGCAAGGAAUGAUGCCGUGACAUUUGAGAUUUCUAUAGAGGAGGGUUGAUGGCAGAGAUGGCUGUGGCCAGCCUCUUAUUUGCUGAGUAAGCAUGGUGGUAGUUUGAGUUUCCCGACAUGUCUAGAAAGGAGAAGCUGGAGCUUUUAUGCUUAAGUGCUGGAGUGGAAUCGGGCCUAUGGAGAUGGAAAUCAGGAGGAUACCUUGUUCCCAUAUUUAGCUAUUAAGUGAGAAUAAGGGACAACAUGUACACAUCUCUUGGCUCCAGACCAGCACAUCCACAUUCUGCUUAGUAGGUUUCCCUGUAAAAAGAAGGGCAGGGAGCGUAUUUAAAGAGAUAUAAAGCAUGGGGAAAGCCAGUCCAAACUGUGGUCUGUUGCCCACCCAGCAACACUCAUUGCCACAGAAGCUGGUCUCUUUACAAGAACGCCCUUGUGGGCCUCCUGCCCGUUCUCUGAGAGACUGUGCCAAUGAGAUGGGGCUGAGAGUUGGUUUUAACAAGUGUCAUCAUUUCAGGACUUCCUGCUGCAGUUCGGAUACUUAGAGAAGCCACUGGAGCAUUUCUCGGAUGUCUUGACAGAAGAGGAGAUCGAGAAUGCUGUGAGGUAAAAGUUGAGCCGUGAGGUAAACGAAACAAGAAACACACAGCCCAACCCAAACAACAAGGGGAAACCAUUACAAACGCUUCGAUUUGCCCUGCGAAGCAUCUCAUAACGACCUGGUUUCCACAACAUGGUAGGGCCAGAUCAUGGCUUAAGCCACAUUCCCACCAUAUAUUUAAAGCACCAUUAAACCACUUUAAACAGUCAUGGCUUCCCUCCCCCCCAAAGGAUUAUGGGAGCUGUAGUUUUUUAAGGGUGCUGAGUAUUGUUAGGAGACCACUGUUCCCCCUCACAAAGCUACCAUUCCUAUAGUUCCCUGCUUUUAGUGAGAAUACAGUGGUACCUUGGGUUACAUACGCUUCAGGUUACAUACGCUUCAGGUUACAGACUCCGCUAACCCAGAAAUAUUACCUCGGGUUAAGAACUUUGUUUCAGGAUGAGAACAGAAAUCGUGCUCCGGUGGCACGGCAGCAGCAGGAGGCCCCAUUAGCUAAAGUGGUGCUUCAGGUUAAGAACAGUUUCAGGUUAAGAAUGGACCUCUGGAACGAAUUAAGUACUUAACCCGAGGUACCACUGUAUAUGAAUACGUGGGAUCCCACGGCGUGGCUGGGGGUGAGCAAAGUGGCUGUGAACUUCUCUCUGGAAACCUGCACAUUCGCACAGUCUCACUAAGGCAUAGUUUGGUUCACCAUGUUGCACAAACCACCUGUCAUGUCGGAACCACAGUUAAAUGCUGACUUCUUCCAUUCCUGCUCCCCCAACUUCUGCCCCCUUAGGGCUUUCCAGCUUGCAUCAGGACUACGUUCUACUGGACGUCUGGAUGCGGCAACCCUCUCCCAUAUGCGGCAGCCCCGCUGCGGCGUCGAAGACCCAUUCAACGAGAGGACCCUCAAAUAUCUACUCUUGGGUGAGCAUUCUUCAAACUGUUGAAUUUGGGGCUGAGCAAGAUGCUGGGCAAAUGAUCUCUCCUCCUGGCCGAAGCAGAGAGAUGGAUAGGGCUGAGGGAAGCUGGUGCGAAGGCAUUUCCCUAAAAAAGGAGUUCUCCUGCUGUGUGGAUCUUUAAACAGAGAAUUCAGCAGGUUGAAAUGUUGGGAUCAGAAGUCAUAAUAACACUGGGUUUGGAGCUGUCCUUAUAAUGAACUAUUCCAGUGGAGGGUUGAAUGGACAGUGUGCUUCACAGGUGCUGCCGAGCUCAUCUGUGCAAGAAUUCUAGGAAGUAUAUUUGUUAGUCCUUCAAAUUGCUUUGUGUGGUCAGACUAGUGCCAUGCAAUAAUAAUAAUAAUAAUAAUAAUAAUAAUAAUAAUAAUAAUAAUAAUUUAUUAUUUAUACCCUGCCCAUCUGGCUGAGUUUCCCCAGCCACUCUGGGCGGCUUCCAAUCAAGUGUUAAAAACAAUACAGCAUUAAAUAUUAAAAACUUCCCUAAACAGGGCUGCCUUCAGAUGUCUUUUAAAGAGAAGAUAGCUGCUUAUUUCCUUCACAUCUGAAGGGAGGGCAUUCCACAGGGCGGGCGCCACUACCGAGAAGGCCCUCUGUCUGGUUCCCUGUAACCUCACUUCUCGCAAUGAGGGAACCGCCAGAAGGCCCUCGGCGCUGGAUCUCAGUUUCUGGGCUGAACGAUGGGGGUGGAGACGCUCCUUCAGGUAUACUGGACCGAGGCCGUUUAGGGCUUUAAAGGUCAGCACCAACACUUUGAAUUGUGCUCGGAAACGUACUGGGAGCCAAUGCAGAUCUCUCAGGACCGGUGUUAUGUGGUCCCGGCAGCCAGUCUAGCUGCCGCAUUCUGGAUUAAUUGCAGUUUCUGGGUCACCUUCAAAGGUAGCCCUACGUAGAGCAAUGAAACACAUUGAAAUCUAUGGAACUUCUAAAUGGAGGCCUACAGAAUUAUGGUAUUCAUUUACGAGCCAAACCCUGCCCUUGCCCAGAGAUAGAGGGUUUUCUCUUAACUGUGCAGGAGGUAUGGAGAAGCAUACCUUCUCCUCUUGUUGUUUUUUCUCUGCAACGCAAAACCCUGCUGUUAUCCCAAGUCAUCGCACUUGCCAGAGGGCCUGGGUAAAGUCAUUUCUUCUCGUUUGGAGAAGCUAAAAAAUAAUUUGAAAAAUCAGCAGAGCCUUCUUGUACUUUUUAAUGUUCAUACACAGCCGUGGUGAGCUAGCAAGCAUGUAGCUAAUAUCAUAAGCAACUGAUGAGCUGGCAAACAGAUUUGUAGAUGCCUUGAAUAAGGUCUGUUUAGUGGUGGCCCCACAGUUUUGGAAUGGCCUUGUCUUUGCUAAGUUUUUGGCAGCAGAUGAAAGCUUCCUCCCACUUCUUUAUAGGUGGUAAUUAACUUGGGUUGCUGAUUAUUGGGUUGUUAUAAAAAAAUCAGCUGAAUUUGAUUUGUUUGUUGUUAUUGUUUCUAGUUAUGAAGAUGCUCUUCUCAUGGUGCGUUCCUUUUCUUGAGGGGGGGAAGCAGCUAAUACUUUAAAAAAUAGCACAAAAGAUAUUUUCCAUUUUUUCCCAGUUGGGAAACUGAGGCUAGACUUUCCCAAAGUGUUUCUGGGUAAACCGGAACUGGAACCCAUCUCACUUAGGCUCAAACCUGAAUCCCCAUCCACCAGCUGAAACUGUGAUUUCUGACAUUAUGGCCAACUUGGGUACCACACGAGCCAUGUGCCAUUGUUGCCAUGUUAUGCGCCAGCCAGUGUCAUAGCCAGAAGUGGAGUCAAGGAAGAUUUGACAAAGCUUGGAUUAAGUCCUGCUAGCUGAGGACGUGCUCUGUAGCUUCCUGCUUGUAGAAAGUGGGUUAUCUAAUUAACCCGCCCCCGCUAAGAGACGUUGGAAUGUCUUAUGCAUUGUUCCAUCCACACUGAUGACGGUGGCAUGUAAAAACGCAGAUUCAGCACUUGGCAAACAACCGAAGUCUGUGGUUUUCAAACUUUUUCUAUCAUCAUGGGAUUCUUGUCUGCUGAGAAACUGCAGCACAUUGAAGAGGCAUGUUCUGCAACACAAACACAUGUAGGGCAAAAGUCAGGUCUGUUCAGCCUCACUAUUACCCAACUUUCAAGGACAAAGUCUCCUGCAGAUCCACAUUUCUAGGGAAGAUCAGUAGUGGUGAUCAUGUAUGGCUGAAGAAAUGGCUGCAGAAAAAUGAGGGGUUGGCUUUCGCUGCCCAACUCCCCAAGACACUCUGAGUCUCCUACAUCCAUGAUUGGUGAGAGAAGAAUCAACGGAGGUAUUUUCUGUUGCAAGAGUCCCCUGGCCUUUGCAGGCCUGUUGUUGUUGUUUAGUUGUUUAGUUGUGUCUGACUCUCCGUGACCCCAUGGACCAGUGCAUGCCAGGCACUCCUGUCUUCCACUGCCUCCCGCAGUUUGGUCAAACUCAUGCUGCUAGCUUCGAAAACACUGUUCAACCAUCUCCUCCUCUGCCGUCCCCUUCUCCUUGUGCCCUCAAUCUUUCCCAACGUCAGGGUCUUUUCCAGGGAGUCUUCUCUUCUCAUGAAGUGGCCAAAGUAUUGGAGCCUCAGCUUCAGGAUCUGUCCUUCCAGUGAGCACUCAGGGCUGAUUUCCUUCAGAAUGGAUAGGUUUGAUCUUCUUGCAGUCCAUAGGACUCUCAAGAGUCUCCUCCAGCACCAUAAUUCAAAAGCAUCAAUUAUUUGGCAAUCAGCCUUCUUUAUGGUCCAGCUCUAACUUCCAUACAUCACUACUGGGAGAACCAUAACUUUAACUAUACGGGCCUUUGUUGACAAGGUGAUGUCUCUGCUUUUUAAGAUGCUGUCUAGGUUUGUUAUUGCUUUUCUCCCAAGAAACAGGCGUCUUUUAAUUUUGUGACUGCUGUCACCAUCUGCAGUGAUCAAGGAACCCAAGAAAGUAAAAUCUCUCACUGCCUCCAUUUCUUCCCCUUCUAUUUGCCAGAAGGCGAUGGACCCAGUGGCCAUGAUCUUUGUUUUUUUGAUGUUGAGCUUCAGACCAUAUUUUGCGCUCCCUUCUUUAUAGCUUUAACUAUACGAACCUUUGUUGGCAAGUAAACAACCUCAAUUAGCUUCUGAAGCAGUGCAGAGUUUGCUGGGAAACAAUUUUGAAAUCCAUUGAAGUUGGUGACACAUUGGCCACAAGCAGUAAUUUUUUAAAAAAAAAUAAGAGUCUCUGGAGGCAGAAUGGGCAUAUGAACCAGCUCUGAGUCAAGAAUGGGGGUCUGGAAAUGACUGCAGUAUCAUGAAUAAGACAUGCAGCCGGAUCAUAUUCAAAAGUAAAUCCCAUUGAUUUCCUUGGGACUCCCCUCCCCCCCAGUAAGUCUGCAGAAGGAUGCAGGCUUAGUCAAAGAACUGUCUGGAACAAAUUGAACUGCAACAAAAUGUUGCAAUGUGGAGUGUUCCUGUUUGUCCAGCCAGCCAACCAGCAAGCCAUGACCUUUCUCAGGAUACUCCAUUUCCUUCCACCCGUUGUCUGUUUUCCCCAACUGUCCAUGGCCAGUGAGCACGUUCUCUUCUUCACUGAACUGAUUGACCACCACAAGCGUUUUCCCCAUAAACGUAUUUUUUUUUUGUACUUCUGCAAUCCUUGGAAUGCCCUCAACCACCCAAGCCUCUUGUUACAUCUCUCUUGUUGCUUGGAUGCUGUAAGGUUUUCAUGCUCUGAAAACCGGGCUCCCUAUUAAGUAAAGAGUUUGUUACGCCUUCUCCCUGUAACCGUUGUAAACAAAAAUCUGCCCUUUUCCCUUAUGGGGUAUCCAAGAGCCCAUACGGAGUCCUUACGUAAGUUCCCUAUUGGUAGGAAAAAAUAACAGAGGCCAACCAGAGAAUAUUGAGAAGCAAAGCAGCUAGUAAGCCUGAUCUUUAUUGAUCUGUUGCAACAGGGUGCUCCCCUCACACACAGGAAAGGAGGAGGAACCCAGAACCCAGGUUUGUCCGCCCUUAUAUAGACAUUUUAAAUUUCCCGCCCUGGAGCUCAAGACCACCCCCAGAAACAUCAUACCUACAUCACAGAAUGGGCGGUCUACAGCAGAAGUCCGAGUGGGUUGUUUACCUCCUGUCUGGCAAGUUACCUGUUAAUGCUUACUUGAUUGCAUUGCCUGGGGAGCCUGGCCAGUCUUUUGUAAUGAUAAAUACUUAGUUCCUGAGCCAGGUCACAGGCUCACACCCUAUUCAUAUCUUAAAUGUGCCCUUAAGACAGGAUUUGUGAAGGAAAAGACAAUGGGGAGGCUUUUCCAUUUUCCAGGUCGGUCUUCCUGUGCUGAUCUAUGUAAAUGCUUGCUUGGUACAUUUAUGAACAUUUAACAUAUAUCUAAGACCUCAACAUGGGACGCGGGUGGCGCUGUGGGUUAAACCACUGAGCCUAGGACUUGCCGAUCAGAAAGUCGGCGGUUCGAAUCCCCGUGACGGGGUGAGUUCCCGUUGCUCGGUCCCUGCUCCUGCCAACCUAGCAGUUUGAAAGCACGUCAAAGUGCAAAUAAAUAAAUAGGUACCGCUCCGGCGGGAAGGUAAACGGCGUUUCCGUGUGCUGCUCUGGUUCAUCAGAAGCGGCUUAGUCAUGCUGGCCACAUGACCUGGAAGCUGUACGCCGGCUCCCUCGGCCAAUAAAGCGAGAUGAGCGCUGCAACCCCAGAGUUGGCCACGACUGGACCUAAUGGUCAGGGGUCCAUUUACCUUUACCUUAAGACCUCAACAUUCCUAUCACAUAACCCAAGCUAAGCUGUGACUUUCCUGGGAUAAAAGCCCCCGUUUCUGACACCUCUUGCUCUGGGUCUCCCCCUGCAGGACGCUGGCGCAAAAAGCACUUGACCUACAGGAUCUACAGCCACAGUGAGGAUUUGGGGGCCGCAGCCACACGCACUGCCAUCCAGACAGCUUUCAAGUACUGGAGUGACGUGACCCGGCUCACCUUCCAGGAGGUGCGAAGCGGCCGUGCUGACAUCCGCCUCUCCUUCCACGGCACUUCUACUUGGGGCUGCUCACGGCCCUUUGAUGGGCCUGGUAUGGACCCAAGCUUUACUCUCAGGGGUUGGGGGGGGUUGGGGAGUGACUUGGGGAGUAGAAUAGGGCUGGCAAGGAGCAGGGAUCUUGAAGCGGUGUGCCACAGGGAGGUGUGAUCUGCUGUGCUGCAGAGAUUUGAUGGAGCGUCUGCUGAGGGGGUGUUAGGGGGUACCAGAAGCUGGAAGCAUCAACAGGAGGUGCUUCGUGGUCAGGUGGAGCGAUGGGGAGGAGGCACAGGAGCAGGCUCUCUCUUGUGCCAGAAUGGGUUGACUUUAAAGUGAUGCAUCAUCCCAAACUGGUUUGAACGAGAGCAGGCGCUGGCAAAAAUCACGAUGUGGGGGAAACCGUGAAACUGGCCAAUGCCUCCAUCCUUAUUUCAGACAUCAUGAUAUAUAUCGGUACAUCGCAAUGUUUUGUGGCUGAUAUAUCACGAUGUUGAAAACCAGAUAUUGCCCUACUUUAAAGCUGAGGCGGUUUCUUAAAUCACAGGGAAGAAUGGAUUGGUCUAAAUAGCUGAUUCUGUCGUUCUGUGCUGCAGUGGGCUUGGAAAAGAAGCAAAGAUUCAUCCUUGUCGCAUUUCACUCAAUAUGACCAUUAGCAUGUGCCUAUUUGUAGUUUUCCUGCCAACCUAGCAGUUCGAAAGCACGUCAAAGUGCGAGUAGAUAAAUAGGUACCGCUCCGGCGGGAAGGUAAACGGCAUUUCUGUGUGCUGCUCUGGUUCGCCAGAAGCGGCUUAGGCAUGCUGGCCACAUGACCCGGAAGCUGUACGCCGGCUCCCUCGGCCAAUAAAGCGAGAUGAGUGCCGCAACCCCAGAGUCGGCCACGACUGGACCUAAUGGUCAGGGGUCCCUUUACCUUUUAUUUGUAGUUUAUACAGGGCACUUUCACUAGAUUUGGUAUAGCUUUUUGCUACACAGGUGGGGUGCAACACAUCUGCAUACAUUAUAAUUAUUAUAGAUCUUAGCUUAGUUUAUCUUAGCUUAGUUUAGGACGUGGGUGGUGCUGUGGUCUAAACCACUGAGCCUCUUGGGCUUGCUGAUCAGAAGGUCAGCGGUUCGAAUCUCCGUGAUGGGGUGAGCUCCCGUUUCUCGGUCUCAGCUCCUGCCAACCUAGCAAUUCAAAAGCGUGCCAAAAAGUGCAAGUAGAUAAAUAGGUACCGCUCCAGCGGGAAGGUAAACGGUGUUUCCGUGUGCUGCUCUGGUUUUGCCAGAAGCGGCUUAGUCAUGCUGGCCACAUGACCUGGAGAAACUGUCUGCAGACAAGCGCCAGCUCCCUCAGCCUGUAAAGCGAGAUGAACGCCACAACCCCAGAGUCGUCUGCGACUGGACCUGUCAGGGGUCCAUUACCUUUACCUUUUUAGCUUAGUUUAUUUUAGCUUAGUUUUGCUUGGUUUAGCUUAGCUUAGUUUAGCAUAGUUUGGCUUGGUUUAGCUUAGGUUUAGGUUUAGGUUUAGGUUUAGCUUAGCUUAGUUUGCAAGAGCUUCUCGCACAGCUCUCAACCCGCCUUCCUUUAUCUUCCUCAGGACAUGUCCUGGCCCAUGCUGACAUCCCUGAGUUAGGCACAGUUCACUUUGAUUCCGAUGAGCACUGGACAGAAGGGACCUCGCGCGGCGUCAACCUGCGCAUCAUUGCCGCCCAUGAGAUUGGCCAUGCUCUGGGGCUGGGCCACUCCCGGCAACCGGGUGCCCUCAUGGCUCCCGCCUACAGCGGUUACCGCCUGCGCUUCCGACUGCACCGCGACGACAUCGAAGGCAUCCAGGCCCUUUAUGGUACGGACUGGGGGAGGGUUACAAAGCACAGCCCACCAAUGUUCCCCUUUCGUUUUGCAAACCUGCGCCCCUUGCUUUGAAUGCGAUGGGAGCAGAUCUGGGUUUAAACAACUGACACCAAAUUUGGCCCUCAGGUCUUUCCAUCUUGCGGGCCUCAGGCACUUGACUGAGGUGUGCCAUAAAGCCAGGGAAGGGUCUUGGGAAUCAAGGCUGGAGGAAGAUGCGAAGUCCUUGGGGCCAGAUAAUGUGUGUUCCCUGUCUCUUCUACACCUGCCAGUUGCCUAUGCCUCAUUUGGGUCAUUGGGAGCCUCCCAGAGUCCAGCUAAAAAGCAGUCCAAGUAUAUCAAAGUCAUGAAAAUAAUACUUUUUUUGUUUUAAAACAACCCAGUUCUCUGUAUUGUAAUACAGUGGUACCUUGGUUCUUGAAAGUAAUCUGUUCUGGAAGUCCGUUCGACUCCCGAAACCUUUUGAAAACAAAUUGGCUGCAGGAGCGUUGGACGUUCGAAAAACAUUUGAAAGACAUUUGAAAAACGUUCAAAAACCGGAACACUUACUUCUGGAUUUUCGGCGUUCGGGAGCCAAUUUGUUCAUCAACUAAGCCGUUUAAGAACCAAGGUUCCACUGUAUUCCUUAAUUUGUAAAGUGCUGUGAGGUUUUAUAGCAGUGUAGAUAUAUUUUUAAAAUGAUGAUGAAUUACAUUUAAAAUAAAUGUUUAAAUGAAGCCAGGGGAGGAUAUGCUCUAUAGACAUAUUAUUCUUAUCCUCCACUCAAACCCCACCCCAUUUUAAUGUACAAUGAGUGCAAGUUUGUCUUUGAGGCAGCUGUUUUUCCAAAGGUGUGGUGUCCAUGUAGAAAAUAUGUAUGGUCGGUCUUCGUGACAAACUAUUAAGUGAUAAUCCUAAACCUUCAAAGAAAUGGUUCUGCCUUUCCUCUGGAUCACCCCCUGCCCCAAUUCCAACACUCAUUUCCUCUCUCUGCAUCCCACCACCCCACCCACGGCUGCCUUCAUGCUCUGUUUCGUGCUCUGUAUACCCUAGCAACAGGGAGGCCUGUUCCUAAUUAUGAGAGGCUUGGGCCUGUUUUCAAAUCAUGAGGCGGGCCGCUGCUCUCUAGGGGAGGUGCGGACAGUUGCCAGGUAACACCAGAACUUCUUCCUGAUCCUUCCUCAAGUAGGUUCUGGAUGGGUUAGGAGGCAAAACGCCAACUUGUCAAUCCAGUGCCAAGGAAUCAGUAGCCGGCCAAGAAUUCCACCCUCUUUCUCACCCCAAUUAUUUCCCUUCCUUUAAUAUAUAUGACUUCUCAAUUUUAUACAUUUUAAUAAUUUUACAAUCAUUUUAACCAUUCGAAACUUGACUUCCUUCCCCCUCUUUCUUCAGUUUCUCUCUCUCUCUCUCUCUGCAUAUUCCAAAUUAACUUAAUCAUUUAUUCAUCUACUUUAAACGUAUAAAACUGCAGGUUAUUACAAUAAUCCUGCCAAUAUCCUUAGCUGUUUAAAGUUUGUUUGUAAAUAUUCAAUAAACCGUUUCCAUUCUUUUAUUUUUUUAAAAAGUUGUUAUCUUGAUUUCCUGUUUUUCCAGUAAGUUUCACCAUUUCUGCAUAUUCCAUAAGUUUUUGUCUCCUUUCUUCUUCCGUCAGAACUUCUUCUUUCCAUUUUUUCGCAAAUAACAUUCUUGCUGCUGUAGCCGCAUACGUGAAUAAAUUUCUGUACAGUUUGGGUAGUUCUGCCCCUGUAGUUCCGAAAAGGAAAGAUUCUGUCUUUUUUUUUACAAAUGUUAUUUUAAACAUCUUUUUCAAUUCAUUAUAUAUCAUUUCGCAGUAAGCUUUAACCUUGCCACAAGACCACCUCAUAGGAUAAAAAGAAACCUUCUUUCUCUUUCCAUUUCCAACACUUUUACAAUUAUUUCCCUUCCUUUUUCUUUUUUCUUUUUGGUGGAGAUGCUGGGCACCCAAAAAUAAUUCCCUUCCUUAUAUUUACCUGCAGGCAAGAAGACCAUCCCAACGACAUCAACGACAGUGACUUCACCUGCCCACAGUACUGUCCCGGCUGUUUCACAGAAGCCUAGUAAAAUUCCUAACCCAUGCAAAGAUGGACUGGAUGCUAUCAUGCUAGGUAAGGCCCCUUCCUCACUCCAACCCCAAAAUCCAAACAUCACCACCUUCCAGAACAUACUCCACCCAUCCCAGGUUUGCAUAAAUGGAUGUCUCCCCGGUAUCCCUUUCUAGCUGGCUAUAUGAUGUUUCAUUAUACAGUGGUACCUUGAUUCCCAAACUUAAUCCGUUCCAGAAGUCUGUUCCAAAACCAAGGUGUGCUUUCCCAUAGAAAGUAAUGCAAAACAGAUUAAUUAAUUCGUUCCAGACUUUUAAAAACAACCCCCAAAACAGCAAUUUAACAUGAAUUUUACUAUCUAAUGAGACCAUUGAUCCAUAAAAUGAAAGCAAUAAUCAAUGUACUAUACUAUAAAAUAAAUAAUACAGUAUUGUAGAUGAUAAACAUUAAAAUUAAUUUCCCCCCCUUAUGUGCACUGAUUAUAGUCAUUGUUUGGAUGGGGGGCUUUUAUACAUUUCUGCAGUCACAAAAUCAACCAAUCAGUUGCAAAAACUGAUUUUGUGACACACAGUCACAAAAACAAGUCACAAAAACGAAGUCACAAGCCACAGUCAAAAAAACGGAGUCUCAUUCCGUCUGAGACUCAGGAAACACCGUGACAGAAAAUGAGGCCUCCAUUGGGGGUAGCAACGGAACUGACGAUUCACCUUCCUAGAGAAGAACCUAUUUUAUUUUUUUACAUUUUUAGUUUCUUCUCCCGUUAGAUUCACAAAAUGUUUAGGGGUAUGCGUCCCCCCAGGAAAAAAAGCACUGGAUUUAUGAAUGAACACAUGCAAAACUGACUCAAAGCAGAAACACACCCCUUUCAGGACUAAAAAGAUUAGCAUGCUAGAUUCCCACUUUUUAACAUUUGGUCCAUCUCUUCUGCACCUUGCCUAGGGCCCUAUGACAAGACUUACGCUUUCCGUGGCGAUUACGUGUGGACGGUGACAGACUUUGGUACCAACCCACCCAUGAAGAUCUCGGCGCUGUGGAAGGGGCUGCCUGGGGGGCUGGAUGCAGCUGUAUAUUCUCCCCGCACUGGGCGCACUUACUUCUUCAAAGGUCUGUGGGUGUGAGAGUUGAGAAAUAAGCUUACCGCUUCCCUAAAUGAUCUAAACCUGGUCCUUUGGAGAGAGAUUGUGACUAUGAUUAUUACGCCAAAGGCCGUGUACCUCUGCAGAUGCGGCUCUUCUUUGUCUUGAUCAGCUGUGUGCAACUCAAAAGCGUUGGUGGUGACCUUUAAAUCCUAAACAGCCUCGGCCCAGUAUACCUGAAGGAACGUCUCCACCCCCAUCGUUCUGCCUGGACACUGAGGUCCAGCUCUGAGGGCCUUCUGGCGGUUCCCUCCCUGCAAGAAGCAAAGCUACAGGGAACCAGGCAGAGGGCUUUCUCGGUAGUGGCACCUGCCCUGUGGAAUGCCCUCCCAUCAGAUGUCAAAGAAAUAAACAACUAUCUGACUUUUAGAAGACAUCUGAUGUCAAGAAAAUAAACAACUAUCUGACUUUUAGAAGACAUCUGAAGGCAGCCCUGUUUAGGGAAGUUUUUAAUGUUUGAUGUUUGAAUCGUGUUUUUAAUAUUCUGUUGGGAGCCGUCCAGAGUGGCUGGGGGAAUAAAAAAUUUAUUAUUAUUAUUAUUAUUAUUAUUAUUAUUAUUCCCCUUUUUUUUCUCCCACAAGCCCCAAAGGGCCAACCAGCCUUUCUCAACCUAUGGGUCCCCAGAUGUUGAACUACAACUCCCAUCACCCCUAGUUAGCAAGGCCAGAGCUCAGGAAUGAUGGGAGUUGUAGUCCAACAAUAUCUGGGGACCCACAGGUUGAGAACUGCUUACGCCUCUGACACAGAUUGCAUUUGUAUUGCCAGCUUUUAGUCAGCUGGUGUGUUAUCCUCGCAUUGCCUCCUUAUUAAUUCGUGUCACUCUGGCUACAGGUAUUAAACUGUGGCGUUACCGGGGAUUUAAGCUGGAUCCUGGCUAUCCCAAACCCCUCACCCGCAUCCCAGCUAAGAUAGACGCUGCCCUCUACUGGCCUCAAAACAAGAAGAUCUUCAUCUUUAAGGUAAACUGCAAUAACAACAAUUGCAAUACAUUAUCUCUUACGCUAUCCAGACAUGUAGAACGCAGACAUGUGUUUUAAUCUCUCUUUUUUUUGCUUACUGUCAAUUUUAAUUAUCUUUUGAAUAUGUUUAAAUGCCUGGUUUUAAUGGUCUUCUGUUGUUAAUUUCAUAUUUUAGGGGUUUGGUGGGGUUUGGGGUUUUUUUGGUAAAUGGCUUAGAGGUUUUAUCGCAAUGAAGCGGUAUAUGAAUGUUGUGAAAUAAACCUAAGGGACUGACGACUAUUGGCUAGUAUUGAGGCAGGGAUAAUUUCAACAAAUGAGCUCCCUAGAAGCAGAAUGUGAGCAGAGGGACAAAUAAUAGAAAAUUUGGGCGAAUGAAUGAUUAGGGUGUGGGGAUAUUGGCCUUUAAGUCGCAACAGUGUUCGUUCUGUGCUGUUUAAAUAUUCCUUUCCUCUGAUCCAUGCGGCACCUUUCAUGUCCCAAUUCACUGGCAUUUACUGGGGAGGGGUAGAAAGAAGCAGGAAUUCCCUAGGCCCCAAGGCAUUGUGGGAGAUUUUUGAGGGGACAUAAUGGGCACAACAGAUGCUCUCUGAGUAUUAGCCUUGACAGGUGGAUGCUAGCUUUGAGGUGAUGAGAGACAAAAGAGAAGGGUGUGGAGAUGGAUUGAGUACUCUCCGUAGGAGCAGGCAGAAGGCAACAGAGGGAAGAGGGACUCACACUGUUCUAGUGGUGGCAAAAUGGCCAAUACAAUGGGAGGUUAGGGUGAUCACUGCCUGCUUUCUGGCUGAAUGGUUUUCUUGUUUGCCUUUCCAGCAGCACGUUUUUAAACAGUAAUAAAAAGCCUUUUGCUCGGUACCGUUUCACGUACACUUUUUCAUGUCCAGUGGUGACUUUCACCUCAAAAUGGAAAAGUUAGGAGAUAGAUGACGGAUGAUAGAUAGAUAGAUAGAUAGAUCCUAGAUAGAUAGAUAGAUAGAUAGAUAGAGAGAUAGAUAGAUAGAUCCUAGAUAGAUAGAUAGAUAGAUAGAUCUCCUAGUUUCUUAUCUCUGUGGGGAACACCAGAGGAAAUGGAACAACCUUUAGAAGUCAUCUGAAAGCAGCCCUGUAUAGGGACAUUUUAAAUGUUUAGUGUUUUGUUAUGUUUUUGUAUAUGCUGGAAGCCACCCAGAGGGUCUGGAGCAGCCCAGUCAGAUGGGUGGGGUACAAAUAAUAAAAUUAUUAUUACUAUUAUUACUGGGGAAAGCGCAACCAUUCCUCUCUUUUUUCCCUAGGGCACGGGCUACUGGCAAUGGGACGAACUGGGAAGCCACUUCUCCACUCUCCCCAGGAAAAUCUCCAGCCUUUUCUCAGGGGCGCCAUCACACCUGGACGCCGCGUUCACCUGGGAGAACGGCAAAGUCUACUUUUUCAAGGGCGGCAUCUACUGGAGACUCAACGACCAACUGAGAGUAGACCGGGGCUACCCACUGAGCACAGCCGAGCGCUGGAUGAACUGCUAACGCUGGCAACGAUGCCCUGGCGCACUUCCCAGGACUGGCACAGGUGUGCCAAUUAGACAGCACACAACUAUUGUUAACAGACCCAACAGUGACGCCUAGAGGUGGUGUGUCGGAACAGCAACUCUUCUGGAAAGAACCAAGCUUGGGAGAGCUGGAGCAAAACUUAAUUACUGUUCCUGCUGUGCAUUUAUCUUUUCAGUGCUGGACAUCAUAAACAUCCCCAUUUACCUUGGCAUCAGCAUGGGUGGCAGAAGGGACCCAACUCACUUCAGGACACAGGGAGCCUUGGUUGGGGGGGCAUGAGGUGUGUGCCUAAGUGUCUUGCCUCAAUGUGAGAAGACAGUAGAAGAGUUCAAAGUUGAAGACGGGGUUUUCCCUGUUUCUGUAAGAUUUGAAGGGGGUGGGUAUGAUACGGGCACCAUUGCUCACCAACCGGCCUGUAAGUUUGGGUGGCAGAGUACUGACUGCUCACUUUUAUCUCAAUCAGUAGAAGAGCUAGCUGUUCAUUUUUUAAAAAAUAAAUAAAAAUAUAAUUAGGAUGACAUUUUUAGGGAAAGGGUCUGGCAUACCCAUUAAGGGCAGAGGGCUGGUCCUUGCGCCAAACACACACACACACGAUUUCUGUGGCAGACCCAGAGGGUUAUUACUGACUGUAUUCCAUGUGAUCUUGUGUAUCUAGCAAUAUGAAUGACAACUCCAGUUUGCAGGGCUUGAAUGGCACUCGUGCCAUAUUUACUCAGCCCACAAUAAAAGGGAUAUGUGUCCCUCCCCCCACUCUCUCCUUUCCUUCAAGAAUUCAGAAUCCUUUAAGCCAGUGGUUUUCAACCAGUGUGCUGUGGCACCCUGGGGUGCCUUGAAUGACAGUCAUGGGUGUCGCAGGCAACACUGGCCUCUGUCCCUCUUUCCUUCCCUCCCUCC